GCUGAUACGAGGACUGACCGCGUGGGUUAUGUGCGGAUAAAAAAUGUAAUCAAAAUGGUAGCCUUUCGACUUGCACAGCUGGCAGGAAUGGCCCAGAUUGAAGGCUUCCUCACGUGUGAAAUUUUGGCCAAAGCUCUCCCCUUUGCAAGCUCUCCCCUUCGUAGCUCUUCCCUUUGCAUUCGCACCUCUCUUCUCUUCUCUUCUCUUCUCCUCGCACCACCAUUCUCUACAAAUAAGAGAAGAGUGUGUUUCUUUUUAUUAUUUCAAUCAAUUAUAAUAAUUUUUCCAGUUUUUGUCUUGAAUGUAUAUCACUGCAAAUGUAGAAUAGGACAGUUACCAAUUUGUAGAAAUAAAAAUAAUUAAAAACUCUUCCAUUUUGGAGUGUGAGGAAUCAAUUUCCAUAUUCUCCAUCUCUGCUUGCAAUCUCGUCUUUCAAUCUUUAAUUAGUUGCCAACUUACCCACAUAUAUGUAUAUGUGAACAAGCUCUGCAAACGCCAUUGAAAGUUGCCGAACUCUUCCUUUUGGUUUGCAUGGACUUUGAUAAACGAACAUAGCGAUUUUACCUUUUUCAAAGCAUUUCAGUGAAUGGGCAGGUGGAGACGAGCUUCCUUUCUUCUCCACCACAUAACCGCUGCAGCCAAAUCUCUUGCUCUAAACCCUUCUUUCUCUUCCAAGCCUGUCCAUCUUUCAAAUCGUUCAAGACCCACUUACCAUUUCCUCAGUUUAAGACGUUUCUCUGCACUCCCAUCUCGGGUCCUUGUUGAUACCGAUGAAUUUGAUUCUGAGGAUCCACACUCUUGUCAAAACUAUGGAUUUGGAGUCCAGGAAGAUGAGGAUACAGGAAAGAUUCCUGUCAAAGCCUAUUUUCUCUGUACCAGCUAUUUUGGAAUUUUGGUAAAGCUGGUGCGAGGAGAAGAGAAGAGAGGUGCGAAUGCAAAGGGAAGCGCUGCGGAGGGGAGAGCUUUGGCCAAAAUUUCACGCGUGAGGAAGCCUUCAAUCUGGGCCGUUCCUGCCAGCUGUGCAAAUCGAACGGCUGCCAUUCUGAUCACAUUUUUGGUCCGCAUAUAACCCAUGCGGUCAGUCCUCUUACUAGCCUCUCUGUUUACAUAUAUAUUCAUAUAUAUAUUUAUAUAUAUUUACAACAAGAAGCAGCCGAGAUGAACCACAAUCCGUUCAAUUAUGCCCGGGUGGCCGAACGUGGGAGUGGUAUCAGCAUUGACAAUGGCAUGUGGGAGUUGGAGAUUGACAAGUACCAUUUCACUUUCAAUGAAGCUCAUGCUCAUCCCGAAUUUAUUAAGAACAUACUUUUUUCUAUGAAAUUAUAUAUAUAGGGGUUUCCUACUUCUUUUGGAAGAUGUUUUUAGUUUUUCCUAUGGAGAGAAAACCAAGUGUGUUAUAGUUUCAAGCAAUUAAGAACUAGUUUGUUUCAAUUUUCUAUCCCCCGAGGUCAUAUUUGUGCACGUCUUUCUUAAUUUCUUUGAUUUUAUAUAAUUAAUCGUAAC